GAAGUUUUCUUGUUCUCGGAUCCACAUUGCACGGUAACAGGGUAACGGUUCCGCGGGCUGCUAGCACUGCUUGAUAAAUGAAUGAAGCUCGAUGUUUUUUGUACUCACAAUUGCAAAUCCCAGUUUGUUUUCUGUUUCCUCUCAGAGGUUGUCUUUCCCGUAUCACCUAGUAGUAGUAUCAUCGCCGACUCUUGUUAAGCAUAAGGAGUACGUACCUAACGAGCGACGAAUGAUAGUGGAGUCUUGCACUAUUGCAUGGUGCACUGAAGCAAUAACCCAAACAAUCUUCCAAGCCGUGAACAGUAACAUUAGCAAGCAACGUGAGCCAAACCGUCAGAUUCUCAGAUUUCCUCUAUCCAUGAAAAACAAAAAGAAAAGAACAAGAAAAACUCCUUCAGUACGUGUAUAUGUACAAAUGCAUAAUUCAAUUCAUCGUAGGCGCCGCAAACUUUUUCGGAAUUUACCAUCCCUUUUCCACCCAUUGUUCGUGCAUGCAUCAUGGCCUUAUUCGUGUUAUGAUGGUUAUCAGAGUAUAGAUUUCUUCGUCUCAAACCAGAACACAGAGGAUCCAUGGCCAGCGGAAAAAUUGCAAAUCUCAAAGCCUUCAGCAUUUGAGAUUCAACUCGAAGAACCAAGGAACGUUCUCUUUACUCUGUCCCAGUGAAAGAUCUCUUUCGAUCAUCCCUACCCCACUGUAGCAAUUUA